GAGAGAGCAGGAACCAGUGAUCACGGCCAGCCUCGAGGAGGGCGACCAGCAGUUGUCCAGGGCGCUGGGCUAUUGGCUGAUCCACACGUGCCGAAGCCAGGUGUUGAACGUGGUGCUGACUGCUUGCAAGCUGGAGAGGGCCGAGGAGAACCUCUCGAAUGCGAUCCAGAUCGGCAUCGCGUUGAGGCAGUCGCCCGAGUCCCCGCUGAGGCAGCGCGUGAUCAUGAACACGGGAAUAUUGAAAGAGCGGUCGAAGUUCCGAGAG